UGAUAGCUGUGCAAGAGCCGAACGUCAAAUGGAGUAAAAUUUCCAAAUCACUUUCCCACGGCCAGAUCUUGUUUAUAUUUAUGACAGGUCGUUUUUUUCCAACUUUUUAUGCUUUAGUAAUGCUUCUCUGCUCCUGAUAACCUUCGUUUUUCAGAAACUUCUUUCAAAGCCAAAGACUCUCUCUCUCUCUCUCUCUUUUUCUCUUUCUCGGAACCCCAAUAACCUUGGGGUUUGGUGACUAUAUAUAUACAUGCAUAAAUAUAUAUAUAUAUAUAUAUAUAUAUAGGUUAAUUUGAGCUUAAACCUGAGUCCAUGGAGACCGGAGUUUCAGCAGCUUCAGGAGCUUUAAAAUGCAGUUUUAGCCGAAGAAAUCGCACGGCUUCAAAACCCAUAUCUAAACCAACCCUUUACUUAGUUUUAACAUCUGCAAAAACCCAUCAGUGGAGGAGUUGUAAUACUCAUGCGAAAAACAGAGGAAAACGAACCACAUGUUUAUCUGCCGUGGACAAGAAAACAGAGGAUACCGUACAAAUUCUGAAAUCGAAAGACACCAAUGAAUCCGAGACUCGGAUUAUAAUUCCAAAAGCGGCAGAGAGAUUGGCAAGAAAGAAAUCGGAAAGAUACACCUAUCUUGUUGCUGCAAUCAUGUCUAGCCUUGGAGUUACUUCGGCUGCUAUUAUGGCUGUUUAUUAUAGGUUUUCUUGGCAAAUGGAGGGCGGUGAAUUCCCACUUGUUGAAAUGUUGGGUACAUUUUUUCUCUCUGUUGGUUCUGCUGUGGGUAUGGAGUUUUGGGCAAGGUGGGCACACAGAGCUCUGUGGCAUGCUUCAUUAUGGCACAUGCAUAAGUCUCACCACCGACCCAGAGAUGGUCCAUUCGAGCUCAACGAUGUGUUUGCGAUAACGAACGCGGUGCCAGCAAUAGCUCUGCUAUCGUACGGCUUCUUCACCAAGGGUUUGGUUGCAGGACUCUGUUUCGGUGCCGGAUUGGGAAUUACGGUGUUUGGGAUGGCGUAUAUGUUUGUACACGAUGGUUUGGUCCAUCGACGAUUCCCAGUGGGUCCAAUUGCGAAUGUGCCUUAUUUACGAAGAGUUGCUUCAGCACACCAUCUUCAUCACUCGGACAUAUUUGAUGGAGUGCCAUAUGGGUUGUUCUUGGGACCUAUGGAAUUAGAGGAAGUUGGUGGCAAAGAAGAACUGGAAAAGGAGAUCAAUAGAAGGAUUAAAAAAUCGAAAAGUUCAUCAUGAUAAAGCCUAUUGAUUAUAUGAUAUUUUAGCAGGGAUCUACUAUAUCUUUUCAUUAUUAUUAUUAUUUGGUAAAGCAAUAAUUCUUUUGUACCAUACAUAAAAGUGUAGUUUAAUUUUAUAUGUAAAAAUAAUUCGAUAUUUAAUGCUAAUUUAGUUUGAAAUGAGUGGAAAAA